AAAAGUCGAGCUUAGACUGAAUGAAACGUAUCAAACGAAGACGUAUUUUAGCUACCCGUAGCUCUUGGAGUUAAACAGAAUGUCUGUAUAACUUUGAUAGAUUUUAUAACGUGUUAGAGACAUGGACAGCCAAUGUGUUUCCAUCCUGCCCCGUGUCUGUGGAGUUCUGUUGGUGUCAGGAGGCUCUCUCCCGGAUGAUACCAGUCUGGAGAAACUACUGGACUGGUUUACGACCAUGGCGCAGACUGGAGCAUCUCUGUUGGAGGUGUGUCCAUGUCUGGUUGAUUUCGUCUCCAAGGUGGCCUUUAACUACGCCUCAGGCUCCAGCAUACUUUCAUUCACUCUGAAGCUCACUGGCUUGAUCUGUGCAUCUGAAGAUGGCUUUAAAGUUCUUAAGGAGUGCUCUGUAUUGAAACUGGUCUUUAACCCUCAUCACUGGCAAGAGGUAGGGUUUUGGGAGGAUCCGUGUCUGCGGAUUGGCUGGAUCCAGGGUCUAAAGAUGAUUCUGCAGCACUCAGAAGCUCUCAGUUUUUUUGCGCAAGCAGAUCUUAUUGAACCACUCCUUCAACUUCAGACAGACUCAAGCCUUUUUGUUGCUUCAGCUGCCAAUCAGACACUCGCUCAGGUCCUGCUUCUCUGUCAGUCUCUAUCCUCUGUGGGUCAUAAUGGUUCAAAAAAUAGAGACUUAGAACACAACAGUGUGAGUUUGGAAACCACCCAGAAUUACAGUGGUAUCAUCACAAAGAUCUCUGAAUAUCUGAACAAGUCAGUGGUUCUGAAGGAAAUUUCACAGCUUCCUGGAAGCCAGCAGAUCCUCAGGCUCCUGGUCAUGCUCCUGGGCCGGGUCGGGCCUCCUCUGAGGGACACACUGCUGCUGGCUGUCAUGAACUCUCUGGAGGAACUGGUGACAACAAGCUGCAGUCAGCUCACAGUUCCUCUCAUGGAUGUUAUCCUGGCUGCAACCAGUGGUCUCAGGGAUGAUUUUGUCCCAAAGCAGCGACUCAUCCGACUUUCAUGGGUCAUGUUGAACAUGAAGAAACCUGCCGAUGUUAUGCAGGCUGCAGCUGCUGUGCUGCGCAGCGACCAAAGUGACCCCGCUCUCUCUGCCCACUCUGCUCGAGUCCUGCUGCUACCCCUGGACAUCGUCACAGGUGUCACCUUACUGGAUGAGAACUCCACAGAAGAAGAGCUUCGAAUUUUAAUAACUGAGCAGCUUAAGAGGAAAAGCUGCAUCUCCAUCAUAUGUGUAUGUCUAUCAAACAUACCUCAGAUCACACUAAUGGCUUCGGACCACCUCCCCUGUCCUCAGAGGCUAAUUGUUACUGCAGUUUUGUUGUUACUGAGGCUGUGCUGUGUGGAAUCCUCAUCUUCAUCUACUGGCUGUGUUGAAGUUGUCAGAUUUAUUACAGGAAACAGCAAAGUUCAGAAAUGUGCCCUGGAGGCUCUGUUAGUCCUCAGCAAGAGUCCAGGAGUGAAGAUGGUUCUGGUUGAUGUCUUCAAAGUUCUCACGGAAUAUUUAAAUAGCCCUUCAUCUGACCCAUCUGUGCUCCAGAAGUCCUACCAGGCUGUGAUAAAGUGGGUGGGUGUUUGUCCAGAUCUGUCCUGCAUCACAGACAAGCUCAGAGAAGGUUUUAUCCAGGCGGUGAGAAAGCGUGCUUGUGACACGCGCUGGGAGGCCAGAGACUCCACGGUGGAGUUUCUGGGUCACUUGGUGGGGGCGCCCUCAUGCCGGUCGUUCACUGAACAGGAGACGGAUCCGUCAGAUGUUCUCCUGGGCGGCCGCAGCUUUACGGUUCCUCUCCUCAAGGAGGCUUUGCAGGAUCCAGAGAGCUACGUGAGAGCCAGCUCCAUCUCUGCUCUGGCGCAGACACUGACACCCAGCUGGCAGAAGGGGACAGCAUUAACACAGGAGGAGGAGGACAUAGUAACCAGGCUGCAGGAAGUUCUCUUCCAGGACUCAGAGGGAUUUGCCAGAAGGGCUGCUGUGAAGUACUUCAUUGCCUGGCUCUCUGCUUGUUCCUCCCCUUCUUCCUGCUGGCUCCUCAUGCAGUCUGUGCCGACCGUCCUCUCUCAGGGUGUCGUCGAUCUGGACUGGGAGGUCAAACUUCACACUCUGGAGUUGGCAGAGCUGCUGCUGGACCGAGUCUUUCUGAAUCCUUCUCCAUCUUGUCCCUAUGCUAUGACGUCUGAUCAAGCCCACAGAUUUCCCAUUGCAGGUCAGCAGUCAGACCUGCUCAGCAGCUUGAAGGAUUUGGUCGAUCGGGGAGUGGUCUUAGCUUUGUUGUGUGGUGUGGUUGACUGUGACAGACCCGUUGCUCUGAAGGCCUGCCAGCUGCUCCUAAAGCUCCGAGACGUUGUUUGCCCUGUGAUGGGUAACACAGUUUUCUGUCAACUGGCUGGACCCAGCGUGAUGCAGCAGGUCAGAAAGAUCCAGGCAAUGGGGAAGGACACCUGUGUUGUUUCUGAAGCUUACAGGGAGGCAGAUAAGGAAGGCAUAUGUGCCAGUGUUGACCCAGAGUGUGUUAGUGUGUGUGAGGUGUUGAAGCUCCUGGAUUUAGAUGAGAAACUGAGUAUCUUGACCCAAAGCAGCGACCACAUCUACAAUUCCCCCCUCUCUCUGCUCCAGGACAUCCUGACAGCCGCUGCUGCUAGCUCUCAUCCUGGCCGGGACUCGCGGCUGGAGCUCGUAAUGGACUGUUACUAACCUCCAGACACACAGAAACAAACCAUUUUCAACGAGUACAAUCACAUGAUUUAUUGCUGCAGCAUAUAACUUUUAUAAAAAAAUGUUUUUUUACAUAUUUGUUGAAACUGUCACUAUUUGGUGACAGUAUGGUAUGAGACAUAACAUCAGAUUUUUUUUUUUCACAAUCAAGCUGCUCUGCCAUCUCUCAACGCUAACUAGAAACAACCAAUCAGGCGGGUCUUGGUGCUGUCAAUCAUCCUCAUUGUGGUGCCGCUCACUGCCUUGAUCCCUCCAACCUCCUUUCUGCCCGGUAUGCUGCAGCUAACACAACUUGUAGUGAAUGCUAAGGCUAGUUAGAAUGGCUAUUAAUGAUGGUAGAUAAACAGUUUCUCGGUAACGACAAGUUGUUUCUCUGCCAUUAGCACAUUUAGCAGAAAGUACAUGAGUUGAGUGACAACACUAAGUCCCUCCUCCUGGCUCUGAUUUUCCUGUUUUUAGUUAGGAGUGGUGCAUUACUUCAGAUUGCAAUAGUAGCUCAGGGAGGAGGUGGAGGUCAAUCUUUUCAUAAAAUAAAAUAUGUAAAAAACUUUUUUUUGAAGUUACAUAACCCAGCUUAAAACAGAAAUUUCAGUUUUAGAUCUUUUAUUGACAGGAUUACCUGAAUGUGUUUCAUUACCUACUCAAAAUACAACUUGCCUGGUGUUUUGUAGAUUUUCCUAUGGUUUCAGAAAAAAAAAUAUUGGACAGAGGUAGGAGUGUAGCAUCUUUCUGGGUUUGGAUGCAUGUAUGAUGGGGCACAUUGUCCUUCCUGACCAGACUUCCACCCUCUUGUAAUGCCUUUUUAUGCUAAGAUCGAUCUUUGUGUACAUAAAUCCACAUACAGUGUAUCAGGCAUGGAACACGGAAAAAUACUUUAGCAAUCCUGGUAGAUAUCUGUAAAAACCCUAAUAAAUGUAUGCAAUAAAAUAGCUUGCAUUGCUUUUUUCCAGGAACACUGCAUGUGGGCCUGGAGUUAUAUGAAUGAUGAAGGAUGUGUAAAAAAUGACUAAU